AUGAAGACUUCAAUGCCAUUACAAACUGUGCCAUUCUUCUGCAUGUUGCUCCUCACCUCAGAAGCCAAGAUGGAGGAACUUAUUGUUGUUUAUUUUAUAUAUAUAUAUGUAGGUAUAUGUCAUUUCUGUUUUUUUUGCUUAAGCUAUUAAUUGCAAUAGUUGGGGUUUAUUUUAAUUUUUAAUUCUCCAUUCAUAAGAAAUGAGUCUCUUAUCAUUCAGUGAGUAGAGGUCCAGUAUUUACAUGAACUGUAGAUAGAUGUCUUCAUUUUUCACUUUCAUGUUUACCUAUAGGUUCAUCAGAGCCGUUGCAUAUACAUGGGCAACCAGGUGGCUUUGUGGGCAUAGACUGGGAAAACAGCCUACCUUUAUCAGCUUGUGUUUAUCACAGUAUGAGGAAAAAUACAACACACAACAUCACAGGGGAUAUACUAAUGUCUGGGAUGGAGAGGAGCAUUGAAAGCUUGUAA